AGCAAACUGAAGUCCCUCUGAGCGCUGAAAACAUCAGCUGACGAGCUUCCGUCUCAUUUCAACCACAGCCGUUUGCUUUCACUUUCCCUCAGCUGCUGACGCAGAUUAUUCUGUGGCUCCGCACUCAAAGGUUGUGAUGUGUGGACAUCAGGCAGCUCUGUCUCCUUCUCCUCGUUAAGCAGCAGCAGACGUUACCAUGGCGACGCAGCCAGGUGAGAAGAGAGCCACCUUGGAGACACUGAAGACUCUGACGCUGACAGCUCUGGAUGUUGGCCUGCUGAUCCAGACUGUGUGAAGGUGUGGGCUCUGCUAUGAAUCAGUGUGAGGAGACAGAGGAGGGAGUCCCUCCCUCUAAAACCACUCUGUGUGGGGAACCUGACAGCCAGACCAAAGCUCAGAGCCCCGAGCAGCAGCAGAGACCAGACUGUCCUGAUCCUGAACCUGAACCUGAACCUGAACCUGAACCUGAACCCAGCUGUGUGUCCAUCAGGAGCCACCGGUUCAUGCAUCAACGAUUGCAGUUUAAAGGACGACUUCCUCCAGAGACUCAUGUGGACCAGCAGACAGCAGACUCUCCUGUACCCAGCUGUGUGUCCAUGAAGAGUGACGGGUCCAUGCUUCAUCCUCCUCUUAAGUUCAGAGGUGGACACGACUCUGCUGAAGGAAGAGUUCAGCAGCAACAGUCAGAUGUUCUCGGUGGUCAGUCUGUCCAGCAGAAUCCAGCAGACCUGGACUCCAUAUUCAUGCAUCUUGAGGAGAACGUUGUCACUUUUGUGAAGAAGGAGCUGAAGAAGUUCCAGAAGGUUCUGAGUCCAGAUGACCCAGAAAGCUUAGAGAGGCAGAGUGAGGAUGAGGAGGUGUUGGAUGGUGAGGAUGAAGAGCAGAGGAGCAGCAGCAGAGACGCAUUCCUGAAGAUCACACUGCACUUCCUGAGGAGAAUGAAGCAGGAGGAGCUGGCUGACCGUCUGCACAGCAGAACUGUUGCUCCAGUUUGUCGACGUCAGCUCCAAUCUAAGCUGAAGAAGAAGUGUGAGUGUGUGUUUGAGGGGAUUGCUAAAGCAGGAAACCCGACCCUCCUGAAUCAGAUCUACACAGAGCUCUACAUCACAGAGGGAGGGACUGCAGAGGUCAAUGAAGAACAUGAGGUCAGACAGAUUGAAACAGCAUCCAGGAAAACCAGAAGACCAGAGACAACAAUCAGACAAGAAGACAUCUUUAAAGCCUCACCUGGAAGAGAUGGACCAAUCAGAACAGUGAUGACAAAGGGAGUGGCUGGCAUUGGGAAAACAGUCUUAACACAGAAGUUCACUCUGGACUGGGCUGAAGACAAAACCAACCAGGACGUCCACUUCACAUUUCCAUUCACUUUCAGAGAGCUGAAUGUGCUGAAGGAGAAGAAGUUCAGCUUGGUGGAACUUGUUCAUGACUUCUUCACUGAAACCAAAGAAGCAGGAAUCUGCAGGUUUGAGAAGUUCCAGGUUGUGUUCAUCUUUGACGGUCUGGAUGAGUGUCGACUUCCUCUGGACUUCCACAACAAUGAGAUCCUGACUGAUGUCACAGAGUCCACCUCAGUGGAUGUGCUGCUGACAAACCUCAUCAGGGGGAAUCUGCUUCCCUCUGCUCGCCUCUGGAUAACCACACGACCUGCAGCAGCCAAUCAGAUCCCUCCUGAGUGUGUUGACAUGGUGACAGAGGUCAGAGGGUUCACUGACCCACAGAAGGAGGAGUACUUCAGGAAGAGAUCCAGACAUGAUAAGAAGCGUGCCAGCAGAAUCAUCUCCCACAUCAAGACAUCACGAAGCCUCCACAUCAUGUGCCACAUCCCAGUCUUCUGCUGGAUCACUGCUACAGUUCUGGAGGAUGUGUUGAAGACCAGAGAGGGAGGAGAGCUGCCCAAGACCUUGACUGAGAUGUACAUCCACUUCCUGGUGGUUCAGUCCAAAGUGAAGAACAUCAAGUAUGAUGGAGGAGAUGGGACAGAUCCACAGUGGAAUCCAGACAGCAGGAAGAUGAUUGAGUCUCUGGGAAAACUGGCUUUUGAGCAGCUGCAGAAAGGCAACCUGAUCUUCUAUGAAUCAGACCUGACAGACUGUGGCAUCGAUAUCAGAGCAGCCUCAGUGUACUCAGGAGUGUUCACCCAGAUCUUUAAAGAGGAGAGAGGACUGUACCAGGACAAGGUGUUCUGCUUCAUCCAUCUGAGCGUUCAGGAGUUUCUGGCUGCUCUUCACGUCCAUCAGACAUUCAUCAACUCUGGUGUCAACCUGCUGGCAGAAGAACAAACAAACCAAUCUAAACUAUUAUUGCAUGCAACAUUUUACAACAAACUGGAGCAAGCUCUCCUGUACCAGAGUGCUGUGGACAAGGCCUUGCAGAGUCCAAAUGGACACCUGGACUUGUUCCUCCGCUUCCUCCUGGGUCUUUCACUGCAGACCAAUCAGACUCUCCUACGAGAUCUGAUGAAACACACAGGAAGUAUCUCACAGACCAAUCAGGAACUAGUUGAAUACAUCAAGAAGAAGAUCAGUGAGAAUCUGUCUCCAGAGAGGAGCAUCAAUCUGUUCCACUGUCUGAAUGAACUGAAUGAUGGUUCUCUGGUGGAGGAGAUCCAACAGUCCCUGAGGUCAGGAAGUCUCUCCACAGAUAAACUGUCUCCUGCUCAGUGGUCAGCUCUGGUCUUCAUCUUACUGUCAUCAGAAGAAGAUCUGGACGUGUUUGACCUGAAGAAAUACUCUGCUUCAGAGGAGGCUCUUCUGAGGCUGCUGCCAGUGGUCAAAGCCUCCAACAAAGCUCUACUGAGUGACUGUAACCUGUCAGAGAGAAGCUGUGAAGCUCUGUCCUCAGUUCUCAGCUCCCAGUCCUCUAGUCUGAGAGAGCUGGACCUGAGUAACAACCACCUGAAGGAUUCAGGAGUGAAGCUGCUGUCUGCUGGACUGAAGAGUCCAAACUGUCAGCUGGAGACUCUCAGGUUGUCAGGCUGUAUGAUCACACAGGAAGGCUGUACUUCUCUGGCCUCAGCUCUGAGAUCCAACCCCUCCCAUCUGAGAGAGCUGGACCUGAGCUACAAUCAUCCAGGAGACUCAGGAGUGAGGCUGCUGUCUGCUGGACUGGAGGAUCCACACUGGAGACUGGACACUCUCAGGGUGGAACAUGGUGGAGAGCAGAGGCUGAAACCUGGUCUGAGGAAGUGGGCCUGUGAACUCACAGUGGACACAAACACAGUAAACAGAUUCCUCAAACUGUCUGACAACAACAGGAAGGUGACAGCAGUGAGAGAGAAGCAGCCUCAUCCUGAUCAUCCAGAGAGGUUUGACUUCUGGCCUCAGCUGCUGUGUAGACCUGGACUGACUGGUCGCUGCUACUGGGAGGUCGAGUGGAGUGGAAGAGUUUUUAUAUCAGUGACUUACAGAGGAAUCAGAAGGAAAGGAAAGACUGAUGACUGCUGGUUUGGAGGGAAUAAUCAGUCCUGGAGUCUGAUGUGCUUUGAUGGUGGUUUCUCUGUCUGGCACAAUAACAUAAGGACAAACCUCUCCUCCCCCUCCUCCUCCUCCUCCUCCUCCUCCUCCUCCCCUGUCUCUGAUAGAGUUGCAGUGUAUGUGGACUGUCCUGCUGGCACUCUGUCCUUCUACAGAGUCUCCUCUGACACACUGAUCCACCUCCACACCUUCAACACCACAUUCACUGAACCUCUUCAAGCUGGAUUUGGGUUCUGCUCAUCAGGUUCCUCAGUGUCUCUGAGUUCAGUGUAGGAGGGAGAGUCUCCUCCUGUUAGAGGAACACACACACACACACACACACACACAGUUUGAAGUAACUUGAAAUCCUUUUAAAUGUGUUUUCAUUCAGGUUUUGUAACAAAGAUUUUAGUUUGAUGUUUUCUGUACUUUACAAUCUGAACUGAUUUGUCACAUAAAUAAGCGUGUUUAUCCAAUAAAAUCAGGUUCCAGACUCUCACAUCAUCUAAAGAUUUUUUCCUGAUCACUUUGAUAUUAAUGUUGAUGUUAUUGGUGUGUAAUUGAUCCUGGGAAGGUUGAAAGCUGUCAGAAAUCCUUCAGAGUCAUUUCCACAGUAAAUCUGUGUAUAUGAAUGGAUGGAGGUGAGUGUCAGUGUUCCAGGGAUAUAAGAAACAUGUUGAUGAGACAUUCUGACACUUCUGGCAAAAAUCAACUCAUAUUGUAAAACAUCAAAAUGUU